AGUCGGUAGUGGAGUGGUGGUAAAACAACAGCAGUAGGCCAGUAGGCCGCUAGACCCCGAGCAUGAGGCAUGUCCUCAUAUACUUGGCUUCUGUUAUAGCCCUCGCGAACGUUCAGGAGUGUGCUGGAAUAGUUUGUUUCUACUGUACAAUUCAACCCCCAUCCCGCGGAAGUAAUCAAACUGCGCAACUUUGCUCCAAAUUUGACGGCUCCAAUAACUACCACAUUGACUGCCCUCAUUCGACACUAUGUAUGAAACGGACAUUUCACCAUUCACUUCAAGGAGGAAAAACUAUUCAAGUGUCUGAAAGAGGAUGUGCGCCUCAGAAGAGGAAUAUACACUUUUACCAAGAUGGUAACUGGCGUAUGGAAAACAAGAUAGAAGAGGAUGUGUACAACGUGGGGUGUCAAAACGAUGAAGGACUGGGGAUGAGAUCACCUACCGAGUACUGCUACUGCGCGACCAACCUGUGCAACUCGGGUGACAAAUCACGCGACCACGCCGACACCAUGGCUGUCAUCAUCAUCUUCAACCUACUCAAAUACAUCCAGAGUCUUCGGUAGCCCAAGAGAUUAGAGAUUUACAAAUAGCUCCCAUCAGUAUGACACUGUAUUUUAGAGCAAUGCAAAUCCACAACAUUUUCAAUAUUCUUUUACCAGAAUUUCUUAUUAUAUUUUCAUUUAGUAAUGUUUUGAUGUAGGAGGAAUAGUAAAUAGAAGGUUGAUAUUGUUUUUACGUACAACUUGAGUUUUUUCAUAUAAUUUCACUUAGUCCUAAUGAAUAAAAUUUUAUACAACUUCAAACCAGCAAUUAUAAUCCUUGCUUAUUAAAAAUUUGAUUUGGAUAGUUUUCUAUGAUGAUUUUUACUAUUAAUUUAUGUUUUUCUAACCCUACAGUUUAUAUUUAGUUCCUGUAUUUUGAAUGCUACCACUAUAUUUUGCAUAUAUCGUUCUUAUUAGUUCACUUUACUUUAAUAUGAGCCCUAUCAUAUUUUCCCCUGUUUCCUUAACAAACUUAUGUGUCUUAUUACCAUGUACAGGUAUAUUUUAUUUUAAGUUUGGUAAGUAGUUUUAAUGGUAGGUAAUAAAAGUGCUUAGACCAAAUGUAAGUGACUGACAUAAACUAUGGCUUCUAACAUAAAAAUAUGGCUUAAAAAGAUUGCCACUACUUAAAGAAUUGUAAAAAUAUAUUAAUGGAAAAUAAACAUUGGGAAUAUAACGUGUAUGACAUAAUAUAUUGCUGAGGCUGUUAUACCAUUGACAAAAUUCUAUUCCAGUCUACGAAAAGGACUUUCUUUCAGCAUUCAUUUGUGUGUGCUGUGGUCACUCUAGCUUGGCAGCAAUUUUUUUUUAAAGUAACAUUUAUUAAAGGGAUCAAUAGCCAGUGUUUUCACUUCAAAGCACAUAUAUUUAAUAUCAUAGAUAUUAGUAGUUGGUUGUGUGAAAUUCAAUCUAAAUAUAUGUAUUUAAAAGUACCUAACAUAAAGAAUUUAGGCUAUAAUUGAAAUUAAGUUAUUCAUUUGACUAUAAAAUAAAUAUUUCAUUGCUUCCUUUACAAGAUUAAAAGUUUGAUUCUAGGUGCUACAAUCGACUGCCUCCUAGUGAAUAUAAAUCUAUGACAUAGCUUUUAAGUUUUAGUUUUAAGUUCAUUUAUAUAGCACUUCGGUAUGAAGUGAGUCAAUUGUGAUAUCUUACCUUUCACCACAUGAUUUGUAAUAUAAUAAAUAUUUAUAAAUGUU